AUGGACAAGACUCAGCAGCCCAGCUCCUUCCAGCAGCUGGAAAAGCUCGGUGAAGGCACAUAUGCUACCGUCUUUAAAGGGCGCAAUCGCCAAACCGGUGAAAUGGUAGCGCUGAAGGAAAUCCACUUGGAUUCGGAGGAGGGAACACCGUCGACUGCAAUCCGUGAGAUCUCACUCAUGAAGGAGCUGAAGCAUGAGAGUAUUGUCUCGCUAUACGAUGUCAUCCACACGGAAAACAAACUUAUGCUUGUUUUUGAGUUUAUGGACAGAGAUUUGAAGAGAUAUAUGGACACUCGCGGUGAUCGUGGACAGCUGGAUCCUGCCACAGUCAAAUCUUUCAUGCACCAACUACUCAAGGGCAUCGCUUUCUGUCAUGACAACCGAGUCCUCCACCGCGAUCUGAAGCCACAGAACCUCCUAAUCAACAAGAAGGGUCAGCUCAAGCUGGGUGACUUUGGACUUGCCCGCGCAUUCGGCAUCCCGGUCAAUACCUUCUCCAACGAAGUAGUCACUCUGUGGUACCGCGCACCGGACGUCCUCCUCGGAAGUCGCACCUACAACACCAGCAUUGACAUCUGGUCCGCUGGCUGCAUCAUGGCAGAGAUGUACACGGGCCGUCCGCUUUUCCCCGGCACAACUAACGAGGAUCAAUUGGUCAAGAUCUUCCGUCUGAUGGGUACACCAUCCGAGCGGACAUGGCCCGGCAUCUCGCAGUUGCCAGAAUACAAGUCCGAUUUCCAAAUCUACGCCACGCAGGAUCUUUCGCUGAUCAUCCCUCAAAUGGAUGCUAUCGGGAUGGAUCUGUUAAACCGUAUGCUCCAACUCCGUCCGGAGAUGCGCAUCAGCGCCAACGAGGCUCUGCAGCACCCGUGGUUCCAUGAUUUGCCUCAGAUCCAGGCUAAAUUGCAGCAGCAACACCAGCAACAGCAGAUGGCUGGAUAUGGAGGCAUGAUCCCCCCGCAGCCCGCUUAUCAGCGGUCUAGCCUGCGCAUGACGAGAUGA